AUGAUCUCACAUGGUUCCCUGAAUUCCGCCGCUGGUGUGAAAACCGACGAUUUAACGAGUCGAAUUGUAGUGGGGAAGGAUGAUCGAACGUCUGCAGAGAAUGUCUACGCUAUCGGAGACGUAGCUCUAGGUCGACCAGAAUUGACUCCGACUGCCAUUCGCGCUGGCCAAUUGCUAGCUCGUCGUAUUUUCGCUGGUGCUAGUCAAACUAUGAAUUACGAUAACGUGCCUACUACCGUGUUCACACCACUGGAGUUAGGUACUGUAGGAUCAACAGAGGAACGGGCUUCCCAUGAGUUUGGCUCCGAAAACAUCGAGGUAUACCAU